UCUAAUGACUUUGAAUAAUGAGGAGGUAGUGGAAUGGAUCAGAAUAAGUAUAGCGGCUCCCGUAGAGGAGCAAAGUGUGCUCGAUACUCUAAGGUCAUUAAGAAUAGAUGACUUAGGGAGUAUUCUUGAGUUGGAACUUCGAGGAAUAUUGUUAGAACUGGUGUCCCGAUCUCUUUCGGAAGAGGUUUCGGAGGAACAUUAUUUGAAGAUAUUUCGAUUAGUUGACUUGUCUUUGUUGCUUUCCAAGGAAAGUAUGGUAGAGCAAGCGACACCAUGCCAGUUGUUGGAGGACUUGAUGGAUACAACUCCCACAAAUCAGUGUUGGAGGGUGCUGGACUAUUUCGAAAAACAUUUGGGAAAUUUUCGGUCUCAUGAAAUACUAUUUAAAGGAAAGCUCAUCUUUCUACGUGCUUGUAUCAGCUUAUUACGUAGAUAUUCAAGAGUAUUGGACGCUGAAACUUGUGGUCGCAUUAUAUUGUUAUUAUCCUCGGCAUUUCCGCCUUCCGAACGUUCAGGUGUGAACCUUAAAGGAAACUUUCACACAUCGAAUACCACUCAGUAUGUGAGAGCGGAGGAAGAAAGGGAAUACUCGUCGACCUCGGGUGACUGUCUAUUGGAUUGGAAUCUUUACGAAACUUUUUGGAGUUUACAACAAUUUUUAUCCAAUCCAACAGUAGCAUAUGGACCCGCAGAGUGGAAAAGUUUUUGUAACUCACUAUCUAAGGUAUUGCAGGUCAUGGAGACGGACCCUGUUCGAGAACUUGCCGAUGAUCCCUUAUCCAUGACUGAAGUAGAACAAGUAUCAGUUGAACAAUGCGAACAUCAAUUGGACUUUGUCAAAUAUUUGACAAGUCCCUAUUUGUUAUCAUUUCAGUUUCGAGACUCGGUAUUUCGAAGAUAUCAUCUUGUACAGUAUCUCAUUUUUCUGCAGCACAUGGCCACGUUGAGGGAAAACUUUGCCUGGAUAGGCAGUGAUGAGAUGGAAGGAUUGGUAAACAGAAUAUUCAGAGUGUUACAAGGCACAAAGCCACAAGGUGAAAGAUUUGUGGAGUACAUUAAGAGGGUAUUAUUGCAUGAAAGAUAUUGGUUGAAAUGGAAAACUUUGGAUAACUGUAAAGCAUUUGAACGACCGCCUUGUGAAAUCCCUGAGAAUUCUGCUGGAGAGAAUGACAAUAUUUUGUGGCGUUCUUUAGAGCAACGUUGGCAAAGACUGUACAAUGAAGAUCGGGAAAGAAAAACUUUAUCGGAGCCUGAAAAUAAAAGCAUAUUACAGAUGAGUCGAUCUUACUGGUCGUGGAAAACGAAGGAGCAACGAGAAGGUACUUUGAAAGAUGCUGGAAGAAUAGUUGUGCCAAACAUCGACGAAAUAAUGGACGAACUUAAACGUGACAAAGAAGAAGGGAUAGAAGAGGAAUUGGCAAAGAAAAACUCUUAUAGUUUUGUUUGGAAGUCUCUACGAGUGUUACUUGGAAAAGAUUUUAACAAGUUGAAUCAAGUUCGGGAGGCAGAUGGAAACAUAGAAGCUAUUCUUCAAUGAUCUCGAAUAUUGCAGUGAAACCCUGCGGUUUCCAAUGUAUAUCUCUAUACGGCCAUAUUGUUGUUUGCAGAUAAGGCUGAUAUUAGUUGCUUCAAAUGGCACAAAACAAUUCAAGGUCCUACUUUUUGCUUUGAACGACAUGUGCAUCAUGGCAAUUGUGGCUAUUUCAUCUUAAAUUUCUUUACAUAUUUAGUUGACUUAAGAAGGAAAGAGCUUAUAUAUGUCCUGAAAAUAACACCAGAGAAUGACCGCUGUUGUUGUUGUUUUUCCAAAAUUUUGAAACUCCAGUUUCUGUUGAAACCAGCAGCAAGUUUUUAAAGAUCUUAGAUCGACAGUACGAUCAGAUUGACGCGAUUAAUGGAUUCUAUCGAUUAUUAAAGAAUCGCGGUAGUACCAUUUAUCAAUAAUGGUUGGUCCUGCACCAUGGGUCUCGUAAAAUUCUUUCCUGAAAUGAGACAAACGAAGCUUUCGAAAACUCUUGGUUAUACGUUCUUUUUUUAUGAGGUUCAAUCUUGUCAGAAAGCUAGUCACAAGACCGAAUCAAACGUGCAAGUGAGGAAGCAGCAGUUGAGAAACUAGUGUGCUAAAGAACGCCCAAAGGAGAGGAUAAGUUUAGCCUGGUGGUCUUGUUGAUGUUCAAUAUGAAGAAAAUAUUUUGAAAACCA